CUCCGCACUCACACUAUCAUGCUUAUUCUAAUGCUAUUGUAGAAAUGCCGCCAAGAAUGCAAGAAGUCGUGCCCUGUGGUUCGAACCGGCAAGCUCUGCAUCGAAGUGGACGCCACGUCGAAGAUCGCCUUCAUCUCGGAGCGUCUCUGCAUUGGAUGCGGUAUCUGCCCGAAGAAAUGCCCCUUCGACGCUAUAAAUAUCAUCAAUCUGCCCACCAAUCUCGAGACCCAAGUCACCCACCGAUACUCGGCGAAUAGCUUCAAACUGCAUCGCCUGCCGAUGCCCCGCCCCGGGCAGGUGCUGGGACUGGUCGGGACAAACGGUAUUGGAAAGAGCACGGCGUUGAAGAUCCUCAGCGGCAAGGUCAAGCCUAAUCUGGGACGGUUUGACAACCCGCCGGACUGGGAGGAGAUCCUGAAGUACUUCCGUGGAUCCGAGUUGCAGAACUACUUCACCAAGAUCCUCGAAGACAACCUGAAGGCUGUUAUCAAGCCUCAGUAUGUGGACCAACUUCCUAAGGCCAUCCGACCGGGCCAAGAGCGCACCGUUAGGGCUCUUAUCAACAAGCAGUCACAGAUGGAGAACAAGGAUGAAAUCAUUGAAGAGCUUGAGCUGAAGGAAAUUCUGGACCGUGACAUCUCCAACCUUUCCGGUGGAGAAUUGCAGCGGUUCGCCAUCGCCAUGGUCUGCGUCCAACGAGCCGACGUGUACAUGUUCGACGAGCCAUCUUCGUUCUUGGAUGUCAAGCAGCGUCUCAACGCCGCUCGCAUGAUUCGGGGCCUGCUUCGCACCGACGACUACGUGAUUGUCGUCGAGCACGAUUUGUCCGUCCUCGACUACCUGUCCGACUUCGUCUGCGUGCUCUACGGCAAGCCCGCUGCUUAUGGUGUGGUCGCUUUGCCGUCCUCCGUCCGAGAGGGCAUCAACCACUUCCUUGACGGCUUCAUCCCGUCCGAGAAUUUGCGUUUCCGUGAUGAAUCCUUGCAAUUCCGCGUCGGUGAGGGUGGCGAGGAGUUCCUGAUCGACAAGGCCCACGCAUACAGCUACCCGAAGAUGAAGAAGACCCUCGGUUCGUUCCAGCUGUUCGUGGAAACCGGUCAAUUCACCGACUCCGAGAUCAUCGUCAUGAUGGGCGAAAACGGCACCGGAAAGACGACUUUCUGCCGUAUGCUGGCCGGCUACGAGACCCCCGACGGCACCACCCGCAUCCCGAAGAUGAGCAUCAGCAUGAAGCCGCAGACCAUCACGCCCAAGUUCACGGGCACCGUGCGCCAGCUCUUCUUCAAGAAGAUCAAGUCCGCGUUCAUUAGCCCGCAGUUCCAGACCGAUGUCUACAAGCCGCUGAAGAUCGACGACUUCAUCGACCAGGAGGUGCAGCAUCUGUCCGGUGGUGAAUUGCAACGUGUCGCCAUCGUUCUGGCACUGGGAAUGCCGGCCGACAUCUACGUCAUCGACGAACCGAGCGCUUACCUCGACUCCGAGCAGCGUAUCGUGGCCGCCCGCGUCAUCAAACGCUUCAUCAUGCACGCGAAGAAGACCGCCUUCGUCGUCGAGCACGAUUUCAUCAUGGCCACCUACCUCGCUGACCGCGUCAUCGUGUUCGACGGGAAGCCGGCCAUCAAGGCCCGUGCCAACACCCCGGAGAGCCUCCUGACGGGCUGCAACAAGUUCCUCAAGAACCUCGACGUCACCUUCCGCCGCGAUCCGACCAGCUACCGCCCGCGGAUCAACAAGGCUGGCAGCCAGUUGGACCAGGAGCAGAAGUUGGGCGGAAACUACGUAAGUACUCUCGGGAACCCACCUCCGUAGAUUCACCACUGACCUUUUCCCUCCCACAGUUCUUCCUAGAAGAUGAUAGUUGAAGACGCCUCGGAUGAUUC